CGAGUUAACUACGAAGGGAAUUAGUAAGUCAAACACUUAUACUGGGUUAAAUUCAGUUCCAGUCAAAUUUAGUUAGAGCGUGCUUACUUUAAAUAGUUAAUAGAAGACAAAAUAGAGUAAUAUCAAAAGUAUUUAUUUAAAAUCAGAAAUUGCUUCAUAAAUACAGUGAAUAAUUAUCUCAAAGAAAAUUGAGUGCAAGGAGUUCAUUCUUUGUUAACUAUAUCAUCGUGUGAAAUUAAAUAAUUGGGCGAGUUUCACCAAAUCUGUUAGGAACAGUAAUGCACAAGAAAAUAAUAGGAAAUUUGAUUGGAGUCCAAUCAAUGGUUUAACAAAAGCAAACGGUAGAUGAAUGAAUGGAUAAAGAAGAAUGAGCAGUGAGAUGGUUGAGAUGUUCUUCUGGAGCGAAAGCAGCAGUAACCCUAAUUCGAUUCAAUUUCUGCAAAACCAAUCCAAUAAUAAUAAUCUGGUACUCCUUUCUGGCCCUCCUUCAAGUGGGAAAACCUCUUUGAUUUUCCAGUUUGCAUUCAACGUCGCAUUACACUCUUCCAAUUCAAAUGUCAUCUUCAUUUGCAACGGCCACAGGUUCGAUUCCAAACCCCCUUUUCUCUCUCAGGGCAUUGAUUCAUCUUCUGAUGUCUUCCACCGUAUUCAAAUGAAGUAUGUGAAUGAUGAUCAGGACAUCAGGAACUUCUUUGCUGCCUUCCACCUGUUUGAUACUUUGCCUGCUGCUCUUGUUAUCGACGAUUUCGGACAUUUCUUUGACAACAAGAGUUGCCAACAGCGUUAUUCUAAUCCUCGAGGAAGAGAAUUAGCAAUGGUCAAGACUCUAGCCUUAUGCCACAAUGCAAUCACUUAUGCAAAUCAAAAAAGUUCUUGCAAGCUUGUCCUAUCUGAUACUCUUACACACCAUGGUGAUUCCCCAAGGUUUCAAUUCAUCUACAACAAAUGGGUACACACCACUUUUACCAUUAAAGAAGGGGAUGUAUGUGGAUCAUUUAUUCUGAAAGAGAAGAAUAGCAACACAGGUAAGAAUAAAGCUGCAAAAUAUUCCAUAGCUCUUCAGUAUCUGGCCUUAGAUGAAAUUGUAGAAGAUCAAAUAGAAUAGCACAUAGGUUACGUUAUUCGUAUUCAUUUUUGUUUAAAAAUUAUUAAAUGGAUUGUAGGAUCAUAUGAGAUGGGUCUUAUACCCAUUCAACAGUUAAAAAAAAUGUUAACUGUGUGUACGAGAUAAAAUGAGUAUAUUUUUCCAAGUAAUAAAUUUACCUGUUCAACAGUUACAAGUGAUUGAUGAGCUAUGCUGUGUCAAUACAGUUAUGUCUAUAAUUCGUUACACUGAACUUGGAUAUCCUGCAUGUUCAAUGAAACCCUGUGAGUGUGAAACUCUGUUUUCAAAUAUUGGUACCUUAAAAGGGGACCUCUGCUUCUAAAUUAUGAAUUAAAAUGCUAUUAUUGUGUUUCUGAAAUGUGACACUUGGUAAAAGAAACAACAAUAGUAGGUGUUUAAGCAGUACUUAUCAGAUUAGCAAUUUUGAUUAAUUCUUCAAUUUGAUCAACAGAAUUUCUACGAAAAUCUUAGGAUUUGCUAAGAGUGUGCUACACUGCCCAGAUUUUAGUUACUAGAGAGUUUUCAGACACAAUUGGCAAGUGACAACUUUAGGUCAACCUGUUUUAAUGUCUCCGUUGGAUUUCUUAUUUCUCAAACUCAGGGGCCAUGCUAAGAAUGAACUAAUUAAUAUGGGUUUUGCAGCUCAAUAAUUUUUGGGCACUUAUUAAGAUUUCUAAAGUGAAAAUUAAAAUAAUACAAACCAACUUAGGUUGAUCGAGUAAAUAGCUUGCUCGUUUGGUUAAGCAAGUGUCAGAAGUUUGAAUCCUGCUUUGUACAUAUAAUAAUUCAUUGGCUAACGACAAACCCUUAAAAAUAUUAGUGUAAUGAAAAUAUUUAGUUUGAAACAUGUGAUUAGACUAGAUGCUUUAAAUCUAAUCUUAGGGUUCCACACUAAGUAAGUAGUACAUUUAGUUUGAACAAGCUAGGCUGAACUAUAGGGCAGGUAAAGUGAUUAGCAUUUAGCAGCAUCUAUAAAGAAAGAUUAGCUUCUUGUAGAACCCUGCAUAGAUAGGUAUUCCCCUAGUGCUAGUGUUUUUAUUGUUUUACUUUUAAAAAAUUAUGUGGUUGAAAUUUGAAGGUAGUGACACUAGAGUAGAACUGGUGGCAAGUGGCAAUUACUAAUAAUAUAUGUUGGGCCAUUGGAAUCAUAUUUAUGUUCAUAGCUCCGUCAUGUCUAUGAUUUUGAUGAUCAGCAUUCAGCAGCAGUGGCACCACUGCAUUCAAUACCCUAAUAUUUUGGUUUGUGUAAGUGUCAAUUUCAAUUCAAUGAGUGUAAUUUUGGUAUCCAUCUUUCUUGGGAAUAAAUCAGCUACUGUUUGACAAUUGUAUGAGCCGUUCUUAGGAAGGAAAUUGAAUAAUGUCUAUAAGCUAA